AUGGAGGCGCGGCGCUUUGGCAGGCUGCUCACUCAGCACGAUUGGGUUGCCGGCGAGAACGGAGAAGCAGACGCUGAGAAUAUUUUGGAGCAAGUCGUCAAAGAGGCGACGACAGGAUAUUUUGACGAGGAAGAAACAAGUAUCGGAAGGGGGACUCAGGAGCAAGCUGCUGGCCAUGGCGGGAGAACAGCGGGCAGUUUAGGUACCUGCUUGCCUGGCUCUCAGCAGCUUCCAGCGUGCUUCGGCGCCAUCUCGUCCGGCCGUCUCUCCCUGCAGGCCCCUUUAACCCCUCCUCGCAUCGUGUACUUGGUUGGUGGUGGCACAACUGCCGCUUUGUUUGCUCGCUUGCUCGCUUGCUCUCUUUGA